AAUGUCACGCAUGUUUACAAGACAACAAGACAACGCAAUCGGUAUUUUCAAGGUUAUUUAUCUUAUUUAUUUUUACGAUUUAUUAUUGUAUGAGUAUAGAUCAUUUCAUUAUUAAUUUUUGUUAAAGUAGUUAACGUAUCACACAGAUUACAUAACUUUCAUACUUAAUAAAACUUUAAUAAAUUAUAUUUAACAGCAGCACCUAACAUAGGUUAUUCGGUAUAUUAUUCUAAUAAAAGUUUUAUUUUACUAAUUCGUUGUGUAAAUAGAUUUUGCGGUAUUGUGAUAUAGAACGAGUUCUGUUGUGAAAUCAGUUUCGCUUCAGUGCACAUGAUGAUUACUUGAACCGGUCGGCAAUUUAUUGUUGAACGUGGGGCGGCGCGGCAUAACGCAUUCUAAACUGAAAUGCUUCUUUUCUCAAAUCAGUUCAGUCAGUAUCACACAACUUUGUCGGUGACCACACGAUGAAUGAUGGACAUAAAUCAUAGUGUGACAGUAAAAUUAUUAUUUUUCGCAAAGUCGAAAGAACUGGCCGGUACCAGAGAAACUACGAUAAGACUACCAUCAAAACUCAGCUACCAGACUCUGCUGGACUUGAUCUCUGAGACGUACAACCUUGAGACUAUCAAACACAACAUAUUACUUGCCAAAAACGAGAUUGUUUGUGAUCAGUCUCUUGAUAUUGAAGUCAAGGAGAGUGAUAGCAUAGCAGUUAUACCUCCUUUAAGUGGUGGAUAAAGGAAUCUAUUUUUCUAUUAUAUACUCAAUAUAAAACAAGUAUUACCUACUACUACUUGCCUAAUUAAAAAUAAAAGUUGUAAACUUUUAAGAACAAAAUGGAUCAUCUUAAGUUAACAGUAGAUGUGUUAUCUGUGGAUGUGAUCAGUGAUCUUGUGUUAGAUAACACUUGUGGAGCUGUCUCAAUAUUUGUGGGCACCACUAGAGAUAAUUUUGAGGGUAAAAAGGUGGUGAGACUAGAGUAUGAAGCAUACGAGUCCAUGGCCUUGAAGGCGAUGAAGUCUAUUUGCGAGGAGGUGCGAGGCAAGUGGCCCGCAGUGCAUAGCAUAGCUAUAUAUCACAGGCUAGGCGAAGUUCCAUGUCGCGAAGCGUCCGUAGUGAUCGCAGUGAGCAGCCCCCACCGCCGCGACUCCCUCGACGCGGUCUCGCACUGCAUCGACCAGCUCAAGGCCACUGUCCCCAUUUGGAAGAAGGAAGUGUACGAGGGCGCAGCCCCGGAGUGGAAGGAGAACAAGGAAUGCACGUCCGAAAAACCAGAAUCACACCAUCGACAUAACAUAGACAAAUCGCUAGUCCAAAUAAACGUCUCAAACGAAGAACUGGAAAAGCGCAUACAGAAUUUCAUUGAGAGAAAGAGAGAGCAAGUGAACAUUAGUAAUAUACAGGACUUCACGCCGGAGGGAGUGAGCGAGACGGGGGACACGGAGACGUGCGCGCGAGUGCGUACGCAGUUCGUCAGGCGGAGCGAUUCGAAAGGACAUUUGAAAAUACGCAAAGUCCACAACGAAUGGGGCCCGCAGACGGUACACAACAUGCAACACGAGCGCAAACCGGACGCAACCGGUUUGCCGGUGGCCAUCGCGGAGCGCGUGUUGGCUGUCGAGAAGUUUCUCAACAUCGGCCCCGUCGCGCCGGACAUCUACCGGCGACUGAAAGAGAUGGAAGAUAAGAUUGCGUACUUGGAGACUGUUUCGCCGGAAUAUGCGCAGUUUUGGAGAAGUAAAUCCGACGAUACAAAACAAGAGAGCGUGGACUACGAGUUCACAGCCGAUGACAUAGAGAGGAAGAUAGAGUUGCUGGAGCGACAGGGGCUGUCGUGACUCUAAUAGAAACUGGCGUAAUGCCACGUCCACACUGCCGUCGUAAAGACAUCUCAAAUAGUUGGUCAUAACUGCCUUACUUUCUCAAUUGUCCAGUUAGUGAAGUCGAUACGAGGAAGAAGACGCAUAGAUCUUUCUUUUUUCCAAAAAAUUACAUUACAAAGGUAGGUAACUACUAAAACAAUAUUUAAUAACUACCUACCUUUAGUAAUAAAUAUUUACUUCACUGUUUUAUUAAUUUUUUUAACUUUCCAAAAAAGUGUUACCUACCUCUAGUAAAUAAAUAAAAGAGUUUUUAACUUAUAAAAUCUA